UCUGGCGUGUGAUUUCCACUGCAUGUGGUGCCUGAUAACGGUUCCCGCUGUUAGGUGCUGUGUGACCCUGCAUGGCGGAGCAUGCUCCCGGUGGUCCUCCCAUACCUCUCGGUCAUCCACCCGCUCCGUCCACUCCUCUUUUUCCUCUCUUCCUCUCUCCUCCGUCUGUUCAUCUGUCCAUUCCUUUCCUCCGUCUGUUCAGCCGUAAAACAGAGUUCCUGUCUUACCUCCUGCUCUGUCUGGUCAAGAUGCCUUUCAUCCCUCCUGUCCCCUCCUCCUCCUCCUCCAUCUCUCCAUCCUGCUUCUCCAUCUUCUCUCUCUCCGUCACAGGGACCAGAACAGGUAUCACCACGACGACGUCGCCACCACCGCUCCAGGUAACCCCGGUGAGAGCCGGUAAGGCCAAGGCCCCGUUACUACCGGAGGGGAAGACUAACGUUACCGGCAAUUCGGUGAGGGAACACCUGACCGUUAACGGGCAGCUAGGCAGGAAGAGCCAACCACGCAGCAGACUGCCCACCAUCAGGGGGAGAGGUGCAGUGUCGUCAGGGUUAUGGGUGGAGGGCAGGAACCCCUGGCUACCGUCAAACAGACUUCCGGUAACCGGCCACAGACUCCCGGUAAUGUCACUGCCGUCCGGUAAUGGCUCCACCGGUGGUAGAAGCAGCUUCCCUGCCUCAAGCUCCGGAGAGUCGGUGACACAGGGGGUGGAGUUAGAAGAGGAUCUCCGAGCCAGCAGGAUGGUACCUAAAACAGGAAGCAGUGAGAAGCUCCGAGCCAGCAGGAUGGGGACUAGAACAGGAAGCAGUGAGAAGCUCCGAGCCAGCAGGAUGGGGACUAGAACAGGAAGCAGUGAGGAUCUCAGAGCCAGCAGGAUGGGGACUAGAACAGGAAGCAGUGAGAAGCUCCGAGCCAGCAGGAUGGGCACUAGACAGGAAGAGUAG